CCCCCGCCGCAGCCCGUCAUCCACCUCAUCUUUGACAUGGACGGACUUCUUCUGGAUACUGAACGGCUGUAUUCAGUGGUAUUUCAAGAAAUAUGUGAUCGCCAUGACAAGAAAUACAGCUGGGAUGUAAAGUCCCUGGUUCUGGGUAAGAAGGCAUUAGAGGCGGCACAGAUUAUAAUAGACGGCUUGCAGCUCCCGAUGUCCAAAGAGGAGCUGGUAGAAGAAAGCCAAACGAAGUUAAAGGAAGUGUUCCCCACCGCUGCGCUCAUGCCAGGGGCUGAGAAACUCAUCAUCCACCUGCGGAAAUAUGGCAUCCCCUUUGCGCUGGCCACCAGCUCGGGGUCCGCGUCGUUCGAGAUGAAGACGAGCCGCCACAAGGAGUUCUUCGGCUUGUGUUCCCACAUUGUGCUGGGAGAUGACCCCGAAGUGCCGCGUGGCAAGCCAGACCCCGACAUCUUCCUAGCUUGUGCCAAAAGGUUCUCUCCUCCUCCUGCUAUGGAGAAGUGCUUUGUCUUUGAAGAUGCUCCCAACGGGGUGGAGGCGGCCCUGGCAGCUGGGAUGCAGGUGGUCAUGGUUCCUGACGGAAACUUGAGCCGAGACCUGACGACAAAAGCCACCCUGGUGCUGAAUUCCCUGCAGGACUUCCAGCCCGAGCUGUUUGGUUUGCCCCUCUGUGAGUGAGAGGGAGGGCCUCAGUCUUCCGCCCCCAGCCCACUCUCAUGGUCCACACUGCUGGGGGAAAGGGAAAGGAAAUCAGCAGCUCUUCAAUCCCAACCUGCGUCAUGAUUUUAGCCUCCUGAGAUAGGAGUUUCCAUCCCAUGUUGGUUUGUCCCAGUCUAACGUGUUGGUAAAAUGUGACUUGACGGUUGAGACAAAAAAUACAGUAGAGACAGAAACGAAGCCCAGAACAAAGAUGAAACAUGAAUUACCAUCUCGGAAAUCAAGCUGAUGGAGUAUGUGAUAAAGUGAAUGUACACGUAUACACACACGCACCUCCAUAUACACACGUGUGUAUCAGUUUGGUAAUAUGCAGGUAGGCAUUACAUGCAUAUGUAUGUAGAUAUAUGCAUGCAUGUAUAUGUAAAAUAUAUACUUUUCCAAGACAAAAUGGCACAUCACUUCUCUCUUAUUCUAGUUUUUCUGAACAUUUGCUGGGAAAUGUAAACUGUGUAUGCAUAUAAGUAUAUGCUUUAUGUAUGCAUAUGUAUGUAGAUAGGUUUAUAUCUAUCAUCUGCAUCACUCUCCGCAGUGUUGAUGUCAACAUGCAGUGACGACUGAUAAAGCGAGAUGGUAGUUCUGCCUGGUUUGCAGUCUGAGUGGGAAAGUCCUGUUUUUGGUGAGCACUCCUUGUUAGCUAACAUUUAAAUUCUUUUUGUGACCUCAGAAUGUCUCUGGCUCUUUCCUCAUUGACUGACUAAGCCACAUCAUCCAUAGUUUAUUGUUAGUAUGAACACAACUGUAACAUUUACCUGGUAUCUACAUCCUUACCUACAUUGGAGAAUGUUUUCUACCUCAGAACAACCAUUCGCCUCCUUUAAGAACACUGAUGGGCUAUGCUUUUUGGAUAGAAAUAGAAUUUGGUUGAAGAAUGUAUGCUUGGUGAG